AUGGAGAAAAAGAAAUACGAAUGGGAACAGCCACAAGGUCGAUCGAUGGUCCAGUGGUAUAGCUCUUGUGCUCUUCUGUCUCGGAAGAAGGAUGCGAAGGAAGGGGGCUCGGUGUGGCUAAGGGUUUCGAAGGGAAGGAGGCGAGAAAAGAGUUCAGACGAGAAGCACGACGUCACAGGUGGUUCGGUGGCGUUUGCUUUAACGGGGGUGGUGAUGGCAUCGGGUGGUGAUGACGGAGCUGUGAUGGGGGAGGCGGAGGAGCUGCCACAGUCGACUGUGGUGGCUCUCUUCGCCAGAGAAGUGAGAAACGAGGGAGAGAGACGAGUUGGAGAUGAAAGGGAGGUCGGGGAAGAGAUUUCGACGACAUCAGUUGUGGUGGGUGGAGGUUUGCAUCGGCGAUGGGUGGCAGUCGACUUUUGGUUUUCUUGCUUGCUCUAG